AUGUCUGCUGAGCACGACACGGUCAUGCCGUUGGUGGCGGAUAGUGGUGCUUUGGAUGAACAACAACUGGUUAAUUUUGGCCGUCGUCGUGGUGCAAAGUUCUUGGGAUCACCAAUCAGACCACCGUAUCCGGAGAUCCAGAUGUUUGGUCUACAAAGGCUAGAUAAGUUUAUAACAGCAAUUAACUCACCUGAGCUUCGGAUUCCAUAUCUGCGGCGGAAAACUACUGAGAUGACGGACUAUGCGAAACCGAGUAACUGGAUCAUUGUAUACAAAGACCCCGGUUUGAACGAGUAUUGUCUGACGACGGCGUUGACUGAAAAGUCUGAUCACCACCAACACUGGAAGGAGGACAUCGUGCUUCUUCACGAUUGGAAGCUGUCUUUCAACGGUUAUGAAUUCGAAGACAACGAAACCACACAUCCCCAUGAUGAACUGGGCAUACAUCCCAAUACAAUGUGUAUCCAAACCAUUUCUUUGAAUUCUAUAGGGGACAAUAGCCACGAGUCGAAGUCUGUCAGUUCUUUAUUCGAACAUCGAUAUGAACCGGAAGUUGAAAAAGAUUUCAUUGCGACACCCAUGGAGUUUCGAUUAGUUAUUGGGGAUCGGGACACUGGAGGCCUUUAUCUGGACAAUCAAGUGGCUAGGCGUGCUAAGCAUGCUGAUUUCGAGAGUACACAAAGACAAGAAAUAUCCCAUUCAACAAUUGUGGAGUAUAUUGACGAGAAAAAACUAGCUCUAGAUUUCAUGUAUAGCGAUUUUGUGACCGACUCAAUAUUAUGGAAACCGCUACAAGUGCUGGGAACUGCUGUCGAAAUUUACAAGGGAAUACCUGCACCAAAUAUCUCUAUGGAGGUGAUCAAUCACCCGAUUGUAUAUCAGCAAUGGGCCACCCAGACGAAUGAAUGGAAUGAGAGACGGGAUAACACUACGCAGGUUCGAUGGUAUCAAAUACGCCCUAUCACCAGGACCCAAGCAUUCUAA